AUGGCGAAACGAAACAUAGCAGUUAUCAAAAAUGAGGCUGAAGAGAAUUGGCGGAAAAUAGUAACUAAAACGCUAGAUGAAGUGUACGGUGAAAAUUUAGUGAAUUUCUCAGCAAAAGGAAAAAAUUCGAAGAAACGUCCAGGCAUCCAUAAUCGUUUAUACAAAGGACUAUAUGGCUGGGCGAAAGAAAAAGAUUCAUCAAUUAUACAGGUUAAAUUUGCCAAAUGUAUAAACGACCAUUGCUCUAAUCAACCUAGAUCUGACUAUGAACCUGAACGAAAAAAAAGGAAGAAGACCGACAAUACGGCAGAAAAAGAAAUCGAACAAACUCGCAGAAUAAUUGUGGAUGAUGAAGAAAUAGAAACUUCAGAAGGCAAAAAAAAAGAAAAAGAAGAAGAAGAAGUAGACUCAGAAGAAGAAUCAGGAGAAAAAGAAGAGGAAGAUGACUCAGGCGAAGAAGAAGACUCACGUGGAGAAGAAGAGGAAGAAGAAGGAAAAGAAAAUGGAGUAAGAUCGAAGUAA